AUGGCCUCUUUCCAGGAUCGUGCUCAGCACGCCAUUGCCCAGCUCGACAAGGAGCUCUCCAAGUACCCUGUCCUUAACAACCUGGAGCGUCAGACCUCCGUUCCUAAGGUCUACGUGAUCCUGGGUCUGGUCGGUAUCUACUUCUUCCUCGUUUUCUUCAACAUCGCUGGGGAAUUCCUCGUCAACUUCGCCGGUUUCCUUAUCCCUGGUUACUACUCUCUCAACGCUCUCUUCACUACUGGAAAGGCCGAUGAUACGCAGUGGUUGACGUACUGGGUUGUCUAUGCCUUCUUCACCGUGAUUGAGAGCGCUAUCAGCGCCCCCUACUGGUUCCCCUUCUACUACAUUUUCAAGUUCGCCCUUGUCCUCUGGAUGUCUCUUCCCCAGACCAACGGUGCCCAAGUUGUCUUCCACUCCUUCAUCCAGCCCGUGCUGGGCCGCUUCUUCGUUGGCGGUUCCACCUCCGCCAACCUCCGCGCUCAGGCCGAGGCUGCUGCCAAGGACCAGUAA